GCCUGUCCGGAGUCUAUGUGAGAGUGUUACGGGGAUUGAGGCGGCAUGCUGUGGGCUCGGUUGCUGGUCGGGGUCGGGGGUUCGGGGCUCGGGCUGCGGGCUUCCAGGGAUGGUUUGCUGCGGGUGUCCGGAGCUGCAUGUGCGGGGAAGAGGCAGCAGCAGAGACAGGCUUCGAGUGCGGAGGUCACACUGAAGAAGACUCCGCUAUUUGAUUUCCACAAGGAGCAUGGAGGAAAGAUGGUGGAGUUUGCAGGCUGGAGUAUGCCAGUGCAGUACAAAGACAGUCACAUCGUGUCACACAUGCACACCAGAGAGCACUGCUCCAUCUUCGACGUCAGCCACAUGCUGCAGACCAAAGUACAUGGCAGAGACAGGGUGAAGUUUAUGGAGUCUCUGGUAGUUGCAGAUAUUGCAGAACUAAAAGACAACCAGGGUUCCUUGUCCCUCUUCACCAAUGAGAAAGGAGGGAUUAUGGAUGAUCUCAUCGUAACAAAGACAGACCAGGGCUACCUCUACGUUGUCUCCAAUGCUGGCUGUGCUGAUAAGGACUCUGCUCAUAUGAAGGCCAGGCUGGCUGAGUACAAAGCUGCUGGUUUUGAUGUGGACCUGGAGUUCCUUGAUGAAGCACUGAUUGCUCUACAAGGUCCAUCUAUGUCUCAGGUGCUUCAGCAGGGGCUUAAGGAGGACCUCAGUAAGCUGACCUUCAUGACAUCCGCCUUGGCUACUGUGUUUGGUGUUCCUGGCUGCAGGGUCACCCGCUGUGGAUACACUGGAGAGGAUGGUGUGGAGAUCUCUGUCCCUCAUCGAAGAGUGGUUGAGCUGACGGAGAAGCUGCUGGCUAACAGUGAGGUGAAGCUGGCUGGUCUGGGUGCCAGGGACAGUCUGCGGUUGGAGGCGGGGCUUUGUCUCUAUGGAAACGACAUUGAUGAGACCACAACACCUGUGGAGGCCACUCUUGUCUGGACCAUAGGAAAGCGUCGACGUCAAAACAAAGAUUUCCCUGGUGCUGACAUCAUCGUACCUCAAAUCAAAGCCAAAACAGCAAGGAAGAGAGUCGGUCUGGUGUCCACCGGCCCCCCUGUCAGACAACACACACCAAUCCUCAGCCCUGAGGGAAAGGUUAUAGGUGAGGUGACAAGUGGCUGCCCCUCUCCCUGCCUGAAAAAGAACGUUGCCAUGGGUUAUGUGGAUGCCGCAUUCGCUAAGAAUGGAACAGCCAUUCAGGUGGAGGUCCGGAAGAAAGCAGUGCCCGCCACCGUUAGCAAGAUGCCCUUCGUCCCCACCAACUACUAUUCUGGAUAAGAGGGACACGCACAGGAAAACACACAAUAACUGCUAGUGCAUCCAGUUAAAGUACAGUAAAAACACUCACUGUGUGAGGUCAUCUGAGAAAAGAUAAUCCAAAGUUAUACAGGUUUCUACAAUGCAGUAUUAAAAGUAUUGCAAUUAGAUUUAAUGCAUAAGAGUAUGCAACAGUAUUAAAGUGAUAGGUUGUCUAAAGGUACUAGGACCUGCUGACCUGUAAGGACUUGGCUCUGGACCUUAAAAACAGCCCAUCAAAGUUAUGGUGUUUAAGGGAUACAGCAUCCAGUAACACAUUUCCACCUGUAGUUGGAUGUAUAGGAAAUUAAUAACAAGCAGUGUUGUUGUGUUCAAGAUAUACAGUAGUAUAGAUCAAUUUGCUCUGUUAACACAGUUUAUAGGCCAAGAUCUUAAUUUUUUGUCUAUUUUAUUUUGUUGGUUUAUUGAAGGUUAAAGUUAGUCUAUUUGCUGCCCUUUAGUUAGAAGUUAAGCCGUGAGACAAUGUUUUUGGUGACAAGUAAUUGAUUAACUUAAAGUGUAGGAUUACUAAUGAAACUUGAAAUACUUUGUCUCUGCUGGACCAAAACAAAGAUAUUCCAAAUAGAUAUUUCAUAUUUAAUUUCUACAUGUCUGCAUUUUGCUGUUAAGGUCUUUCAUAUGCCAGAAAUAUUUGAACUAUUAUUUUUUCUUAAACUUGAAUCCUUAUGUGGACAAACUGUGAGUAUAAACAUGAUUUACGAAGAAAAGUAACACUGUGACUGCAGAAUAUGACAGAGCAUUAAAAAAAUUAAGAAGUGAAACGUGCUGAAUGAAUGGAUUAAUGUACAAAUGAGACCCCUUCUCUGGCUCUAUAGGAGGGGGGAGAGAGGGAGAAACUUGGAUUUCUAUGAAGAAAACCUCAUUUUAGGGUAAUUUGAAAUGGGCCUCUUAUGUAUGAUCAUAAACAAAACCCUCAUUGUGUGGAAAUAAAGCUUGUUUUUAUGAUCAAAUUUCAUCUGAUUCCUGUUAGGAGAGAUAUUUAGAGUUCUGGCUUGCUCCACUGAUAUGGUUAACAAGAUGAUCUUUACAUGAAAACUUGAACUGAAUUGUUUCUUACACUAUUUAUAAUAUAUAAUAAUGUGAUUCAACUUAAAGAUUAAGACACACAAUAUGAUGUUUUUUCAUGGCAUCAAAUAAUGAUGUAACAACUGUUUUAAAUUUUUACAUUGUCUGCAGUUUUCAGUGGAACUCUGAAUGUCUGUAUUUGUAAAUAUACAUAAAAACAUACUUAAUUAUGGCAUAAAACUACUGAUUCAUAGCUUGUCUGCUGAAUUAACUCUGAUCUGAAAGUGCACUUACUACAUCACUGUGGAUUUCCAUUUUUAACUAGAUUGUUAUUAAAACUU